GAUCCCAAACUAGAAUUUGUCAAUAUAUCGCAUUUUCCUGAUCAAGCUAAACAAGUCUAGUAACUAUAGGGUUUGAUAAACAGGUAAAUAAAUCACUAAUCAAGCCUCUCAAUCCAAUAAUGAGCCGAGGUGGGAGCUCUGGAGGCGGACAAAGCUCACUAGGCUAUCUUUUUGGAUCAGACAAUGAGACUCCAAAGAAUCUCCCAUCGGCUGCCCCAAAGCCUACACCACCAUACGGCAUAGAUCCCACCGACGACGAAAAAUCUGACCAAAAGCCUAAGAUCUCUAACAACAACAACUACUACAGAGCUCAGGGCCAAAACUCUGGCAACUUCGUCACAGAUCGUCCAACGACGAAGGUUAAGUCGGUUCCUGGUGGAGGUUCGUCUCUUGGAUACUUGUUCGGAGUAAAGGAAUGAAAAUGAAGUCAUAUAACUAGGGUUUGUAUUGUGAUCUAGUGAGUAUUUUGUGUACUGAAUCUACUGAUCCCUAUCUAGACCUCUACACUUCUUAUUUAUAUGUAUGUACGAAAACGUGUGUUUUGAGUUUGCAGUUGACUUGUUCAACUUGGCGAAUAAAUGGUUUCUAGUC